AAUAGGUCAACUGACCUCCCUCUCUUUUAAUUGGUUCUCUCCUUUUUCACUUUCUUGUGAUCUUCUCUAAGAUUGGGGAGUUGGUCUGAUCAAGAAAUGCCGCACAAGGUCUCCACUAUAAUCUUGAAGGUUGAUCUAGAUUGUCAACGUUGCUACAAAAAGAUCAGCGAAACAAUAUGCAAGCUCGAAGUGCGAGAGAACAUCCAAACCAUCGAAUUCGACGAGAAGAACAACACGGUAACAAUCUCUGGGCGGUUCGAUCCGAAAAAGCUCAGCAAGAAGCUCUGCUGCGGAGCUAGCAAUGUCAUCAAGGACAUUCAAAUUAUAGAGAAGAAGGAGAAGGGGGAGCCUAAAUCGGAUGAACCAAAGGACAAGAUCAAGGAGACCAAGAAAGAUGACCCUAAGAACGGUGAGUCCAAGGAUGGCAACCUCAAGGAUGAUCCUGUAAAGUCUGAACCGGUCAUCGAGUCCCAAGAGCCCGAGUUAGGUUGCCGACCGGUUAGGCCAAGUUUUGGUUGCAACUGCGCUUGCAGGCCGUGGUACGAGGGGUGUUGUGGAAAAUGUUGUUGGUGUUGGAGGGGUAAUGGCUGCCGCCGGCUGAAUCUAUCGGUGCACCGCCUUGUCGAGGAUAUGAGAGUUGCCAGUUCGUUAUUGAGGAGGAGCCUCAACCUCCGUGCACUAUCAUGUAAUUUAGCAUAAUUAAUAUUUGUUUGAGGGUAUUUUGUGAAAAAAUGUUGGUGAAUAAAUCUUAAACUUGUACGUAUAGUGAGACUUCAUAGUGACUCUAUAAUUGGUUUCAUCAGUCAUUAUCAUGUUUAAUCGGACCACAUAACUUUAAA